AUGGUGAAGCCACGCCCAACGCCUCGACGCUCUGAGUUCCCCCGUCAACUACCGGCGGACUCUUUGCUCGCGGCAAGCGAAUCUGAGCUUGCUCUUCGUAACCUUGACGCUUUGCGUCUUAACGCGCUCAAACUUGCUCCAACGCCUACCAAUGCGGCGGAGAUGCAUCGCAUGUGGAUUCCUUGCCCUCAUGCGAUCAAGCGUAAGCACCUCGCUGAGGUGCUCGAUGAGCUUGCGAAGGACGACCAACCCCAGUUGUGGAAGGACGCUCGUCAGGCUCGUCUUUUGCAAGACUUCAAGCUGAUCCCUAAUGCGGGGAUCCGUUUCACGUGCACGGCUUACGACACUGCCUCUAAGCUCAGCUUGGUUAAGCUUAAUGCUUUUGGCUCGCAAAUCCAAGUCGCUCGGUUUUCGAAGUACGGUUCUCGUUACUUUGUUGACUUGGUCCGUCUUCCCGAUGAAGUUUCGGACCGCAUGAUUUUUGAUUGGUUUGCGGAACGUGGUGCACCUCCUACGUGCGUGCUACCAACGUUCGUACGUAACGGCCUUCCCUCGCGGGAAAGGACUGUUUAUUUCGGCCACGAUCAGGCGCCAUCUGUUUUGGUCCCAUCUCAAGAUGCUCCUCUUCGAGAGAUUGAAUUUGAGUCGCCGGAUGACGGCAUGGUGAAACUUCGUGCUUGUUUCGUGAACCACAAGGUGGCUCGUUACAAUAGGGUCACGCCUCCGUCGAUUCGUCUUCGUCAGGAAGAAGAAGCCGCACGUCACGCGGCUGAAUCUACGGGGUCUCCGGCUUCUGAUACGGCUGCACUAUCCAGUGCGCCUAUCCAAUCUGAUCCUCAAGGAUUUGCAUCGUCUCUCAAAGAAUCCAUUGGUCGAAUGGCCCGUGAAUCUUCGUUGGACAUUCCACUUGAUUCUUUACUUGAUUCUUCCGCCUAUCCCGUUGCGCCAUCGGACACUGCCGUCUCUCCUACUCCGGAUGUCGCCAUGUCUGACGACGGGGUUGCGUCAUCCGUUGAUGAUGACGUUGAUGAUACCGCUUCAUCUUCAUCGGACUUCGACUUGGAGGCGUUUUUGGGGGAAGAAAUUAACACCCCUAAACUUCGGCCUAGUGCCCCUCUCUGGGCCAAGGCUGCUUCCAACCGUUCUGCACUCUAUGGUCGAUCGGGCGCUGAACUGGUUGAAGCCAAGUCGGUCAGCUACGACUUUAAUAUCCCAGACGGCACCGCACGUCCUACUGAUCUUCUCAAGUCGAAUUACUAUAGUUCACUAUGGUUUGAAGAUUUGGACCCGGAUGUGCCUCAAUGGCAGUACGACCUUGAAGUUCGUCGUGAGGGGGGCGACGAUACUUGCUUGGAGUCCGUACCGGUUACUGCUGCUACCCCAGCCUAUGUCGCCAUGGUAACCCCGGUUACUAUGACUUACGAUGUGGAGCGGAUGACCCGUCGCCAGCUUUUCCAACGCGUAGACACGUUUCUUCAGACAUUGAGCUCUCGCCCUCCGCUGGAUCAACUCGCCGCUUUUGAAGCUAAUCCUGGGAUUAUGCUUCCGGCUAUGGCGUCCAAGGACCGCUUGGAUACUCUCGCCCAUUACCGGAGUAUAUGUCGUCUUUUGGCCCACGCUCGACCCGGCACUGGCGAGGCUCAAAUGAAGUGUCGCAAGGUGCUUCAAGCUUCUGGAAAGGCUAAGACCAUGCUCAAAACCAUUUUGGGUAAUGUGGAGCCGAUCUCGACUCAAGAUAAGAAGGCACUAUUUGUGCUUUCUAGUUGGGAUUUGGUGCUUCACAUCAUGGCGCCUACGGUCUAUCAUGACCCUCACAAGCUCUACAUCCUUACGGAUGCAAUCCCCGAUUUUCUCGUCAAUUUGACCAUCCCACUGCUGUCGGAUAACACGCUUUGGCUGUUGGGUUUUAGCUCUUUUGCGAAAGACCUUCUUCAGUACGAGACUGUGCCCGAUUUUCUGAAGUCUUUGGUUCAGGCUGUCCAAGCCUUGAAACCUGAUGCGGAUGGAGCCUUUACGCCUCGCCUUCAUUUCUAG